CCCCUUCUUUCCCGAAAAUCCUCUUCUCUCUCUCUCACUCUCCAAUGGCAACGAUCCUCUCUUUCCGUCCCACCGGAAUCCGGCCAAACGCCUCCUCCGACCACCGGAAACCCGACACACAGCGCCGGAAAUCCUCAUCCGCCAGCUGGUGGACCCCACUCUUCGGAUGGCCCUCGGAUCCGGACUACAUUGACGGAACCGCCACCGUAGAGCCGCAGAACGUGCUGGAUCUGGAUCCGGAGGCCACACGUGUCAGAUCACGAUUUUCUCCCGGAUGCUUCACGGAGGAGAAGGCGAAACAGCUGAGGAAGAAGACGAUGGAGACCGCGACGUUCCACGACAUCAUGUACCACUCGGCGAUCGCGUCGAGGCUUGCGUCAGAUCUGCCGGACCGGUCAUCCGGCCGGUAGGUGCCGUCAGAUCUUGGUGCCGGAGGUUCAUUUAUCUAGAAGGUUGGGAUUGGGGUUAGGGUUAGGGUUAGGGCUUUGAUUUUUGGAAGCUCCACUUUCCUACUACAAAUCUGUCGAUUUCACUUGGAAGAAAUACCUCUAAAGGUGUUUUUUCCCUUUAUAGUUUAUAUAAAUAAAUAGAAAUUUCUGUAUUUUUA